AUGCUGAUAAAGAGCGAAGUACAUUUUUAUGAUGAUGGAGAUUGUGAAUUGGUCGUAGGAAAUUUAUUGUUUCGAGUUCACAAAAUCAUCCUAGUUCUUUCUUCAGCAUUCUUUAAUGGAAUGUUUUCAACAGCUCAACCUUCAAAGGAAGAAUUAAUAACUAUAUCACAAACAGGUAGAACAGUUGCACGUAUAGAAUUGCGUGAUGAUGCUGCCAAAGAUAUUGAAAAAUUACUUUCAUUCAUUUAUCCAAAUAUAUUUUUCGAAAUAAGUUGGGAAGAUGUAGAAAAUCUUUUACGUUUGGCUGAUAAAUAUAUUGUUGAAACGUUAACGUCGGCUUGUGUAGCGUUUCUCAAAAGAUCCUAUCAAGAAGAACCUUUACAAGCUUUAAAAUUAGCCGAGACUUAUUCUAUUUCAACUGUGUAUAAAGAGUCAUCAAAAUUAGUUUUAGAUAAAUUUGAGCAUUUUGUUUAUGAUUCGAAUAAUCUUGAACAAUUAUCAAAUCAAACUCAAAAGAAGUUAAAGGUUUCUAGACAACAAUAUGUUGAAGGUUUAAAUAAAAUAUUUUGCGUUACUGUAGAUAGAAGGUUCCCUCCUUUAGCUACUGAUCAUUUAAGGACAAAAUUCGAGGAAUGCGUUAAAGAUAUUUGUACCUUUCCUUUUCAAUCACCCAGUUAUAGUUGGAUGAAGUUACAUCAAGUGGAUUGUAAUCGUCAUUUUGAAUGUAGAGAAGAAUUGAGAAGAUUAAAACCUUUUAUCAAUGAAAAAAUUAUUGCUUUCUUUGGUUGUAAAUACGAAUCGUUGGCUUGGUCUCGUUCACCUUCUUUUGAAACAACUGAACCUUGUUAUCCUUUUAUUGAAUUACGCGAUGAUUAUUAA